CUUUAUGCAAAUCUCCCCGCGGGAGGGGCGGGGCGGGGUUUGGAGACAGAAGUGGGCGGGGUUUUGCCAAGAAGGGGCGUGGCCACACGCUGAAGGGGCGGGGCUCUCCCAGCUCCACGUGGGCCCUUAUAAGGGUCCCGGCCGAUGCCAGCGGCUCAGUCGAGGCGCGUCCCCGCGGUCCCCCCGUGUCCCCCGGGCACCCGUGUCCCCAGGACCACCCGCCGCUUUCCCGGGACACCCCCGCCAUGCCACAGAGCCUGCGCCUGCCCGCCCGAGCGGCCCUGCUGUCCCGCUGCCUGCCCGAGCUGGGGGUCCCCCGCCAACCCCCGGUCCCCCCAGCUGCCACCCGGGGUCCCCGGAGCCUGGCCGAGAUGCCGGGGCCCAGUCCCGCUGCUUUCCUCUAUGACCUCCUCUGCCGCGGGGGCCUGCGGAGGCUGCACGAGCUGCAGGUGGAGGGCCGUGCCCGCUACGGGCCGGUGUGGAAGGCGAGCUUCGGGCCCAUCCUGACGGUGCACGUGGCGGAGGCCGGACUGAUCGAGCAGGUCCUGCGGCAGGAGGGUGACUUCCCCGUCCGUUCCCACCUUUCCUCCUGGAAGGAUUACCGGGUCUGCCGCGGGCAUGCCUGCGGGCUGCUCACUGCGGAGGGCGAGGAGUGGCAGCGGUUGCGCCGGCUGCUGGGGCGGCUGCUGCUGCGGCCGCGGGCGGUCGAGGGGUACGGGGGGCCGGUGGCCGACGUGGUGGGCGACCUGCUGCGGCGGCUGCAGCGCCAGCGGGACCGUCACCCCCAGCACCUCGUCCCCGACCUCGCCGCCGAGUUCUACAAGUUCGGCUUGGAAGGCAUCUCCUCCGUCCUCUUCGCCUCCCGCCUGGGCUGCCUGGAGCAGGAGGUGCCGCGGGACACGGAGACCUUCAUCCGCUCCAUCAACACCAUGUUCGUCAUGACGCUGCUCACCAUGGCCAUGCCCAAACCCCUCCACCGCCUCUUCCCCAAGCCCUGGCAGACCUUCUGCGAAGCCUGGGACUACAUGUUCGCCUUCGCCAAGGGUCACAUCGACCGGCGCGUGGCCGAGGCGGCCGAGCACGGGGAACCGGCAGAGCAGAUGUGUCUCACCGACCACCUGGCGCGGGAGAAGGUCCCCAUGAAGACCAUCUACGGCAACGUCACCGAGCUGCUGCUGGCCGGGGUGGACACGAUCUCCAGCACCCUGUCGUGGAGCCUGUACGAGCUGGCGCGGCACCCCGGCGUGCAGGCGGCGCUGCACCGGGAGCUGGCGGCGGCGUUUGGCACCGGCUGCAGCCCCUCGGCCACCGCGCUGGGCAAGGUGCCUCUGCUGAGGGCCGUGGUGAAGGAGACCCUGAGGUGGGGACGGGGACGCGGGGACGGGGAUGGGGACGAGGAGAGCGAUGAAGAUGGGGGCGGGAAUGGCGUGGAUGGGGAUGAGGAUGGGGGACAGGAGAGGGAUGAAGAGGGGGGGACGGGAAGGUGGGUGGGGAAUGGGGACAAGGUGUGGUAG